UACUUAAUAAAAAUAUUGCCUGAAGGGAUGAAAUAUUAGCAUUGUGAUGUAAAUGUUUAAAAGCGUGCAAGCCACGUCACAUCAAUAGUUUGGAUUCUUUGUUAAAUCGUUUCAAGGGGGAAGGGGAUUGAUGUGCUGCUGUAAAUAGGCGAAAAAUAAAAAUGGCCAUCGCAAGCUUGCCAGACUUAUAGAUAUGUGUACUUAGCCGCAGUAAAAAUUGUUUAACGAGUUUUGAAUAAUAUUACGAAAGCUCGUCUUAAUCUUGCUUCUACUUACUGAUGUUAAUUUAUCCAACCGGUUCUUCGUAUAGUGCACUACAACUUCUAUGCCAUAUAAAAACGUUAGAGGAGUACUUUAUUCAGCUAUCAAAACGUUUCAAGAAUAGACCGUAAGGCGAUGUAUUGGUUUUGAAACAUAUUCACAACAUUAGUCCAAAAUAGGAACUUAUCAUGGAAAAACAAACGACACUCCAUUAGGGUAGAUAGAAAUGAUUUUUAUAAAAAAAAUAUAAAUAAUAUUCACUGAAGGAAAAGCUGUGGAGAUCCUGAAGGCGGCCGUAAGUGUUGGAGAAAUAUUUAGCCAUUCAAGUAUUCGAUUCCUUUUGUUCAAUAAACUUUUCUUAAUUAAAAGGAAUAGUUUAAGAAAAAGACGAAAGUUAAAAUUGGCGUAAAAAUUGAUAUUACUGAAUAUAUGGUUGUAAUGGAGGCAAUGAGAGAUACUUAGAAUAUAUAUAACUGUUAGAUUGCGCACAAAACAGGCGAUGGUAAAACUACGUUUGAAUGAAAUCUAAAAUUAUAUUUUGUACCAAGUCAAGCAUUAAAAAUAAUCACAGCUUAAUUAGCUCUUGGCACUUGAUAAAUAGUACUGGAAAAUUUUGUCUCUGUGAUCGUAAAAACUGAUUGUAUCAGUGGUGGCAAACGUAAAGCAAAAUAGUUCGGUGUUAAUAAAACUACAUAAAAAUGUACAUGAUGGACGAGUCACAACCGAAAACGUUGUACGUUGGUAACUUAGAUGCAUCAGUAUCAGAAGAGCUACUGAUAGCACUAUUCAGUCAAAUGGGUCCUGUCAAAAACUGCAAGAUCAUACGGGAGCCCGGUAAUGAUCCAUAUGCUUUCAUUGAAUACUCGACUUAUCAGGCGGCAACUACUGCAUUGACUGCAAUGAAUAAGCGGUUGUUUCUGGAUAAAGAAAUAAAGGUUAAUUGGGCCACUAGUCCUGGGAAUCAGCCAAAAACAGAUAUUAGUUCACAUCAUCAUAUUUUCGUUGGUGAUCUCAGCCCAGAAAUCGAAACAGAUAUGCUACGUGAAGCAUUUGCGCCCUUUGGUGAAAUAUCCAAUUGCCGUAUCGUAAGAGAUCCACAAACAAUGAAAUCGAAAGGCUAUGCUUUUGUAUCAUUUGUCAAGAAAGCAGAAGCGGAAAAUGCGAUACAAGCUAUGAAUGGCCAGUGGAUAGGUUCACGUUCUAUUCGAACGAAUUGGUCCACAAGAAAACUGCCACCACCGCGUGAAUCCAGCAAAUCUGGCGGUGGCAUGGGCAUGAAAGGACAUAUUCGACAUACUUUUGAGGAGGUGUACAAUCAGUCAAGUCCAACAAAUACCACCGUUUAUUGUGGAGGCUUCCCGCCGAAUGUUAUUAGUGACGAAGUAAUGCACAAGCAUUUCAUUCAGUUCGGUCCCAUACAAGAUGUACGCGUUUUCAAAGACAAAGGUUAUGCUUUUAUUAAGUUUGUCACUAAAGAAUCAGCAGCACGCGCCAUUGAGCACACUCAUAAUUCGGAAGUGCACGGCAAUCAGGUGAAAUGCUUUUGGGGCAAAGAAAAUGGUGGUGAUAAUUCAAUGAACAACGUGGCGGCAGCGUCCGCGGGGGUAGCAGCUGCAGCAGCAGCUGCGGCCGCUGCCGCCGGCACCAUUAUAACGCCAGGUAUACCGACAACUCCGCAACAAGCGGCAGCAGCCGCCGUAGUGGCCAAUGCAGCUGCGGCCGGGGCAGGAAUACCAGCUCAAAUGAUGACACAACAGCAGCUGGCUGCUGCCGCGCAGUACCCCUACGCGGCAGCAUACCAACAAAUGGGUUAUUGGUACCCGCCUACAUUGUUUACACCGUUACAGGGCUAUCCGGCCGCUCAAAUGCAAACUCAGUACAUGCAACAAGGUUACUAUCCGUACACUUAUGCUAGUGCUCAACAAGCCGGAGCCGCAGGAUACCGCAUGGUACAGCCAAACGUCGCCUGGGGAGUUCCGGGUACUGUAGUGCCGGGCGUAACAGCAGCCACUGCCGCAGCUGCUGCAAAUGGAUCACUGGCACCGCAGAUGAUGUACAGCGCUGCCAUGCCUCAGUACCAGGGUCAAUGAAGCUGAUAUGCCCGUCAUAGUUGUUGCAGCAAGUGGGUGAUACGCAAGGUGAAUAUAUUGAAAGGCAUCAGAAAACCACACCGCGCAUAUACAUGUCCAAAAUAAGAUUUUGAGGGCAUGUAAUAUCAAAAAAGCUCAAGUUGUGACAAAUAAAAUCUAAUUAUAUCCUCUUUUGGUGCGUUAUCAUGGACAGCAUUAUUUCCGUAUAAUGAUAUUAUAAUGCUCACCCCCCAACAACUGCAACAAUCGCAAAACAAUUAAAGUGACUCUAAUCUCAAAACUGAAUCAUAGCCCUCUUUGUCUCUAAUAUUGGAUAGAUAAAGAGAACAGAAUAAAAUUGGAAUGUAAAGAAUAUAUAGGUUGAGAAAUACCGCAGCCGAUAUAUUAAGCAUGGAAGGAGGUCAUUUCAUCCAAUUGUUUUAUAUGCAAGCGGUUAAAAUCAGUUUCUUAAAACGAAAAGAAAAAACGUACAACGGAAACUUCAAAACUUGUAAUUUUGGCUACAAUCUCGAAAGGAAAACAAAGAUUAUAAAGAGAAGUUAGAAAUUAGGUCGUUGUUAAAUAGAUUAUAUUUAAAAUAAAGAGAACUUAAUUAUAUCAAACGAUCGAAGAGAACUACGAAAAGUUACAAAUUAUUGCAACAACAAAAACAUACUUUGCUAUGAACAUAACAUUUGUAAGCAAUUUUACUUAAUAUAGCGAGAUGAUUUUUUUUACUUUUCAAUAGAUAACACAGCUUCAGAGGGCAAAGCACAUCACUUCGAAUCUAUUUUGAAAUGGGAAAAUGUGGCAUGAGCUCCAUCAAUCAGGACACCAACAACAAAAAAAUAUUGUAAGAAACUAUUGCAAGUGGAACUUGGCCGGGCGGGUAGAGUAAAUGAUCUAAUCCAUUCUACAUUAAAAGUAACAAGUUAGGAUAUUUAAUUUAAAGGAAAAAUAAACUUAGAAGAAAAAUGUGUGACGAGCUUUACAGUAAGUACGAUGUCUACACACACUAUUAAGCGUGUUUGUUACCCGCAAAAAAAUAAACGAAACGUAGUUAUUAAGUAAGAGGUGAAUACGUUGAAUGGAUGCAACCGAAACAAAAAAAAAA